AUGGCGCUCGUGCCUGGAGUUUUGGCUUACGUCGGGUACAAAACUGAUGGAAAGCUCGAAUUCAGAGGCAAGAGAAGAGGGGAUACGAUAGUGGAGUGA